GUGUAAAAGAAGUGAAACAUGGUGAUUUGUGAGGGGCGAGAUGUUUGUUUAUUGCCUUGAAAGCAGCUUUGUGUCUGGAUUUUUUUGAACAGCAGCUAUCAAUUCGAAAAUUCGGAGACAAAAUUUGAGAUCGAACAAAAAUAUGUUGGCAAAAUGUGAUCCGUGUUAUCUGCUGCUGAAUAAUAGCAAAUGUCAUUCUUUUAAUCACAAAAUAUAACGUUUUUAAAUGUUAAUGGAAUAUUCUUUGUUUUAAAAUAGUUUUUUUUUUUUUUUAAAUCAAUAUAGCAUAACCCCCAAGGCAGUUACUGAAUUACUUUCUGCAUAACUCUUUUAAUACGAUCGGCUAUUGUAACGCUCCUGUGCCGUGCACCCGUCCGGUUUACAGCGUGCACAGUCCCGGGGGAGAGAUCGAGAUGGAGUACCUUCUGCAGGUGAAGGUGGGCGCGCUGGUGGGCUUGCUUCUGCUCACACUGCUCUGCGGGUUCAUACCUGCCCGGAUGAAAUGGUUCAGAGACUCAAGCGGGACAGAAACCCACCGCCUGGUGCAGAGUCUCGUCAGCUGCUUUGCGGGAGGUGUCUUCCUGUCUGCCUGCCUGCUGGACAUCAUCCCAGACUACCUGUCCGACAUCGCAGAGGUGCUGCAGGCUCGGGGCAUGGACACCAACUUCCCCCUCGCUGAGUUCAUCAUGGCGUCGGGCUUCUUCCUGAUCCUGAUUCUCGAGCGCCUUGUUCUGGAUUAUUCAGGGCAGAGAUCUGGAGAGAGCACGCCCCUUCUGUCACCGUCAGGCCACGCCCAUGGGCUCCAACCUCAUCGAGACGUGGAGAGCAGCGGGCGGCACAUCCACGUGGACUUCCACGCACACUCAUCCUUCCGAUCCUUCAUCCUCUUCCUGUCCCUGUCGCUUCACUCUGUGUUCGAGGGCUUGGCUAUAGGGCUGCAGACCACCGACUCCAAGGUGCUGCAGAUCUGCAUUGCUAUCCUGGUGCACAAGAGCAUCAUUGUGUUCAGCCUGGCGGUGAAGCUGGUGCAGAGUGCCGUGCCGCCCCUGUGGGUGGCAGCCUACGUGGGCGUGUUUGCGAUGAUGUCGCCGCUGGGGAUCGCGGUGGGGAUCAGCGUGAUGGAGGCUCGGCUGGCCUCGGGGGCUCUGAUCCAGGCAGUGCUGGAGGGGGUGGCGGCCGGCACCUUUGUUUACAUCACCUUCCUGGAGAUCCUGCCUCACGAGCUCAACUCCCCCGAGCGGCCCCUGCUCAAGGUGCUCUUCAUCCUGCUGGGCUUCACAGUCAUGGCUGGGCUCGCCUUCAUGGGCUGAGACACUUCAGGCAGGGCCAGGAGGACCCAGGAGCACCCUACUGUGCGGCUUUACAACCCAUCCAUCUGGUUGUGAUCCAUUCAGUUCUGAUCCAGCUGGUUCUCCACUUGCAUGGUCUCCCUGGGGUGCCCAAUAGUGAGCAGCCAGAACCGGACACAGGCUGCAGUGAUCACCGGGUCAAAAAGUACACUUCAUUAGAGUAAACUUUUCUGAAAGUUUAUAAAGCAGUGAACAGGAAUAAUGCUCAUUUAAAAGCGCUCUUUGGAAUCCUCUGUGAUGUCUUUUUGAGUGGUCACUGGAGAAGCUUUUAAAAGCCCAGGACCUUUUUUUUCAUUCAUUUUAUUUUUUUAUACUGUUGAAAGAUAUUCACGCUGCCUUUUUAGGUGAAGGUCCUGGAUUUUUUUAAACCAGAUCCCAUUCUGGUGAAAUCUAGAACCUUCCAAAUAGGUACUCUUCACUGAAUAAGAAUUAGAGACCGAACUGCACAUUCAAAGCCACUGCAUUUCCAUCACUUCACAAACAUUAAAGGUGUAGAUCCUGUGCAGUUGUGAUGAGAGACAGGCCUGCUGUGCUGUAAUAUCAGCAGAGGUGAAAUACGUUCAUUUGGCUUUGUUACAAUGUGUUCUGUGUACACUGUGCUACAAUAAAAAGGUCUUCCUUUGUUUGACUGUAAAUUUGCAAACGUAACAAGUAUGUUUGUAAAAUAUGUUUGUCUUGUGCCUUCAGCAGUGUAACUGUGUUUAGAGGUUCAUGCAAGCUUUCCUUAAAUUCUAAAGCAGCUCUUGUACCCCCCCCCCCCCCCCCCCCCCCCCCUCCCACUGGUUGUACAUGACCUCUUCCAAACCCACUAGCUAUAUAUAACUCUUUAAUUACAUCCAAAUAAUAUAGAGAAGCAAUACAAUUGUAAUGCAUGAACUA